AUGAACUCCGCCCUCGAAAUAACGAUGUCAUGUCCCAUCCCAUCUUUCAGUUUAUGGAUCUCCAUUAGUUUUCUUCACAAUCUCAGAAGAUCGAACACAAAUCGUUAUAGGUUAAAUAGUCUAUCGAUGAAUUUAAAGAAGAGGGUGAUGGUAAUGGUUAGACGUCUAUGUAGCCAAACAUGUAAGCAUAGCACUAUUAAAUGCAUUCGAACCAAGAGACAAAAGCUUCAUCACUAUGAGAGGAGCUUAUGCUAUAAGGCAUCAGCUGAGUUCUUCACCCACGUGAAGAAUUCUCUGACAGGAGCUUUUUUAAACGAUUGGGAUGACAACGGUCAAAAACCCGUCUGCAACUACACAGGUGUCAACUGUGAUCAACAAGGGUACGUGGUGAAGAUUGAUAUUUCAGGGCAGGGGCUUUUCGGUCAUUUCCCAGAAAACAUAUGCUCUUUCUUACCUCGAUUGAGAAGUCUUUAUCUUGGGUACAACAAGAUUCAUGGAGACUUCCCUCACAGCAUCACCAACUGUUCGCUUCUAGAACAACUCAACAUAACACAUACAAAUCUCACCGGAAAGUUGCCGGAUUUAUCUCCGAUGAAGUCUUUAAAGUUGCUUGAUUUGUCGUCUAAUUUCUUCACAGGGGCGUUCCCGAUGUCGUUUAUAAAUCUCACCAAUCUUGAAGUUGUCAACUUUAACGAAAACGCAGGUUUUGACAUGUGGAGGCUGCCGGAGAAUAUUACGAAGCUGGUGAAGCUCAAGUCGAUGAUCUUGAGUACUUGUAAGGUGAGUGGUUUAAUCCCGAAAUCCAUCGGAAACAUGACGUCACUUGUUGAUCUUGAAUUGAGCGGGAAUUUUUUAGUGGGCCCAGUUCCGAGAGAAAUCGGGUUGCUUAAAAACCUGCAACAGCUUGAGCUUUACUACAAUCAAUUAGUCGGUGGGAUACCGGAGGAGCUUGGGAACCUCACAGAGCUCAUUGAUCUCGACAUGUCCGUCAACAGGCUCACCGGAAACUUACCGGAAUGCAUUUGCCGUCUCCCGAAGCUCCAAGUCCUGCAGCUUUACAACAACAGUCUCACCGGAGAGAUUCCGGUUGUGUUGGAGAACUCGACAACUCUAACCAUGUUGUCGCUUUACGACAACCUUUUAACCGGUGAAGUCCCCAGGCAUCUAGGCAGAUCAUCACCGCUAUCGCUCAUUGACAUGUCGGAAAACCGGUUGACCGGAGAGUUACCACCUGACGUCUGCAACGGAGGUAAGUUGCUUUAUCUUCUAGCACUUGGAAACAUGUUCUCCGGUGAGUUACCGGAAAGUUACGGUAACUGCGUCUCUCUUAUACGUUUUCGGGUGAGCCGUAACCGUCUGGAAGGGAACAUACCGGAAGGAGUUCUAGGCCUCCCGUCGGUUUCCAUUAUCGAUUUGAGUUACAACUUUUUAAAUGGUUCAAUCGCGAAAGCAAUCGGAAACGCUCGAAACUUAUCGGAGUUGUUUCUACAGAACAAUCGAAUCUCCGGCGUCGUACCUCACGAAAUAUCUAACGCGAUCAAUCUAGUGAAAAUCGAUUUCAGUAACAACCUCUUGUCUGGUCCAAUACCUUCAGAAAUUGGCAACCUAGAAAAGCUAAAUCUGUUGUUAUUGCAAGGAAACCAGCUUACAUCUUCCAUUCCCGAUUCACUUUCUUCUCUAAAAUCCCUAAAUCUUCUCGACCUGUCGAGAAAUCUCCUCACAGGUGGCAUACCCGAAACCCUAACCGAUUUGCUUCCAAAUUCCAUGAAUUUUUCAAACAAUCUUCUUUCUGGAGCGAUACCCGUGUCAUUCAUCAAAGGGGGGCAGUUAGAAAGCUUCACAGGGAACACAAAACUCUGUGUUCCUGUUCCAGUGUUACCCAAAACAGGAAAUCAAAAUUUCUCCAUAUGUUCACAGACGUAUAACAAAAAAAGAGUCAACUUCUUUUGGAUGAUUGGGAUUUCGAUUGGGAUUCUGUUCAUCGGAGGUAUCAUAUUUCUAAGGUGUAAUCGAGAAAGAGAGGUUCUACAACAUGAAGACGACACAUGGGCAUUUUCGUAUUUCUCCUACAACAUGAAAAGCUUUCAUCAUGUAAGUUUCAACCAACAUGAAAUCAUCAAAUCCAUGACUGAUAAAAACGUGGUGGGUCAUGGAGGAUCGGGUAUGGUUUACAAAAUCGAUUUAAGCAAUGGUGAAGUUAUUGCAGUGAAGCGAUUUUGGAGUCAGAAAUCGAAAGAUAAUUCCUCAUCAAAUGAUCAAAAAAUAAUGGAGAAAGAAUUGAAAAGUGAAGUUGAGACAUUAGGAAACAUAAGGCACAAGAAUAUAAUUAAAUUGUAUUGUUACUUAUCAAGUUGUAAUUGUAACUUGUUGGUUUAUGAAUACAUGCCAAAUGGAAGUCUUUGGGAUGCACUUCAUAAUGGGAAAUGUGUUUUGGAUUGGCCGACACGUCAUCAAAUUGCAGUUGGUGUAGCAAAAGGGUUGGCUUAUCUUCACCAUGAUUUGGUGCCACCUAUUAUUCAUAGAGAUGUUAAAUCGACCAAUAUUCUUCUUGAUGGAAAUUUUCAACCAAAAGUUGCCGAUUUUGGGUUAGCUAAGGUUCUAAAUGGUAGAGGGAAAGAUUCCACCACUACUUGCAUUGCAGGGACAUAUGGCUACAUAGCCCCAGAGUAUGCGUAUUCAUCGAAAGCAACAACCAAGUGUGACGUGUAUAGUUUUGGGGUGGUAUUGAUGGAAUUGAUAACGGGGAAGAAGCCGGUGGAGGCGGAGUUUGGGGAAAACAAGAACAUCAUAUAUUGGAUUUCAACAAAAGUGGAGACGAAGGAGGGGGCGACUGAGAUUCUAGACAAGAAUUUGUCAGGGUAUUUUAAAGAUGAUAUGAUAAAAGUUCUUCGUGUAGCUAUCCUAUGUACAUGCAGGAUAGCUACACUGCGGCCUAGCAUGAAUGAGGUUGUUCAAUUGCUCAUUCAGGCAGACCCUUGUAGGAUCGAUACUUGCAAACUAGCAAACAAGACAAAAGAACCCGAAAAAUAAAUCUUUCAUUACUAAUUAAAGUAAACUUUAUUUGGGGUUUUGAAAGGAAUUAGCAUAGCAUCUAUAGAGUGGAGUAUUGUAAAUAUUUCCAAAGUGUUGUAUAUCAAUAUAUCAUGAUAUAUAUAUUCCAUGAAAUAAUCUUUUAGCUUUAUAA